AUGCUUCAGGAGGAUAUCGAACAUCCCGUCAAGGUCCUAAUUGUGGGCAAUGGUGCCGUUGGCAAGUCGUCCAUGAUCCAGCGGUACUGCAAGGGUGUCUUCACCCAAGAAUACAAAAAGACUAUUGGUGUUGACUUUUUGGAGAAGAAGCUCCAGGUCAGUGGUGAAGAUCUGCGUCUCAUGAUCUGGGACACGGCUGGCCAGGAGGAGUUUGAUAGCAUGACAAAGGCCUAUUAUCGAGAUGCCGAAGCAUGUGUUGUCGCCUUCUCGACCAUUGAUCGCGCAUCCUUUGAAGCCGUCAAGUCUUGGAUUGGCAAGGUCGAGGCGGAGGUUGGCAGUAUUCCCAUGGUUUUAAUACAGAAUAAGAUCGAUCUGGUCGACGAUGCUGUCAUGACCAAGGAGGAGGCUGAAGAGCUCGCUAAGGAAGUCAAGCUGAAAUUUUAUCGCACCUCUGUGCAGGAGAACUACAAUAUUGACGAAGUGUUCAAGUAUCUGUCCGAGCUUUUUGUACAGCGUCUCAGUACAGCGUCUGCACCGGCCAGCGCAAGUGGCCCCGCCACCGGACCCCAGAGUCCAACCAAGGCUCCCGUGGAUUUUGCCACGGGUGGUGCCGUCCGGUUACAGCCCCAGCCCAAGCAACGCACUGGCGGCAAGAAGAAGGCCGGACCUUGCGUUUUGCUUUAG